UCCAUGUCAUUGUGAGUGUAGCUGCAACUACUAGCUUCUAUGAGAGAUAUGAUGUCGCUCUGGCAUCAAAUACCUUAGGAGUUGCCCACGUGUGCGAUUUAGCAAAGAAGUGUGCUAAUCUUAAAAUGCUCCUUCAUGUUUCCACUGCUUUCGUAGCCGGGGAGCAAGAAGGCCUGUUAUUGGAGAAGCCGUUUGAUGUAGGCAAAGCACUAAAGAAAGACUAUAACUUGGACAUCCAAUCUGAGAUAAAAUUAGUUGAGAGUGUCAAGUCAAAACUCAGGAUACAAUUCUCUAAUGACAAGAUAGAGAAAAGGAAAAUGAAGGAACUUGGAUUGAAAAGGGCUAGGCACUUUGGUUGGCCUAACGUGUAUUCACUCACAAAGGCCAUGGGGGAGAUGUUGCUAGGAACCUUAGGACGAGACCUUCCAGCUGUCAUAGUACGGCCAAGCAUCAUAUCUAGCACUUUCCAAGAACCAAUGCCUGGUUGGACGGAGGGAACUAGGACAAUGGAUAUGUUGUAUGUUGCUUACAAUGACCAGAAACUUCCGUGUUUUAUCGCUGAUCGUACUGUCAUUGUCGAUGUGAUACCAGGAGACAUGGUAAUUAAUGCACUGAUGGUCGCCAUGGCCAUUCAUUGGGACACACAUGGAACACAGGCAAUUUACCAUGUAACCACAGGCCAUCGGAACCCAUUGCUUUUUUCCACUUUUCUGGAAUCAGGCUAUGAGUAUUUCCGCUCUAAUCCUCGUGUAACCAAGGACGGGAGGAUUGUCAAGGAUAGAAGGGUGAAAUUUUUCAAGACAUAUACAUUUUUUCGUUUAUACAUGAUCCUGCGGUAUAACCUAGCAUUAGAGACGUUGCAUGUGAUGAGUGUAUUUGGGCAUUCAUUGUCCCAGCAUUACAAUAAGCUCAAACGUGGCUACAAUUUCCUGAUACUUGUCGCCAAGUUGUACGCCCCAUAUGCGUUCUUCAAAGGGUGCUUUGAUGACACGAACAUGAGAAAUUUGUGGGCAAUAACCUCUACAGACCAGCUGAAGGAUGGAUCCACGUUUGAUUGUGAUCCUGCAUGCAUCGAUUGGGGCUCAUAUCUCAUCAACACACACAUUCUGGCUGCUCUAACAUAUGCUCGCAAUAAUAAUUAGAUGAACAAAGCUUACAAAAGUGCAUAGGGGAGAAGAGAUUAGAAUAUCUAUUUCUAAUAGUAAUCAUGUAUGUCGUUUAUGUAUGUGAUGUAAUGUUUAUAUAUCUCAUGUAUAACAGCAUGCUCAUGCUUCCCACGUAUGUACCUCAAACAUACAUAGGCGAAAUAUAGGUGUAUAUAUUUCAUGGCCAUAAACAUAUUUUGUUUGAUAUAAAAAAUGUGGUGUGUCCAAACUAUCAUGGAAUAAUACGUGUUACAUGUGUGUAAUA